UGUAGACACGCCCCCCUAUGCAGUGAAAGGCGUGUCAUUCGGUCCAAUGGCGCGAACCCUAUGUUUGCAUUGAAUGGCAGUAUUGGCGCACAAAUAGGCUGACAUUGACUCAUAAAUACGUUACACCAGUCUAUGCAGUGACUGCAGGCGUACAGUGAGUGUUGCAUCAACUCAAUCAACUCAUGACCACAUCUACUGAUCAUCACCACAACUGAUCCGCAUUUCUCUUCAAUCUAAGCAACACAACCGUGUCUUCAAUGUCUCACAAAAACAUCUAUUACUCGGACAAGUAUUACGACGACAAGUUUGAGUACAGGCAUGUAGUUCUUCCCAAAGACAUCGCCAAGAUGAUACCGAAGACACACCUCAUGUCUGAGGCCGAGUGGAGGGCGUUGGGAGUGCAGCAAAGCCAGGGUUGGAUUCAUUACGAGCGACACGAACCCGAACCACAUAUCCUGCUCUUCAAGAGACCCAUCACUCUGUCGGGUCCGCCGCCAUCACAAGUGGAACAGUUUAGGGCAGAACUCAACGAACAGUGAACUCCCGAUGACUGCACCAGUCAUGCCAUUGCAUCCACGACCGCAACAACGCUUUUAUCAAUGUUUUCAAUAUAUAUGAACCAAUCUAUUGAUCUAUUUUUUGCACUAAAUUUCCAAUUCUUGUAAAUAUGUGUCAAUUGUUUGAAUAAAUAAUUAUUUUUCAAAUCCAAUA